AAAUGCUCAGUCGUCUAGUCAGCUCCGUCCAUCCACAAAUUGGGCUCCGUGCCGCUUCUUCUGCAGCCAACAAUAUUGUCAGUCAAGCUCAGCUUCAAUCCGAUCCUUCGAAGCUCCUCUUUAUCGAUGGCGAUCGCAAAACGACUUAUGGAGAAUUUGUUAAACGAACUGGGCAAUAUGCAACUGCUCUGACUGAAAAGUACAAUAUAAAGAAAGGAGACCGUGUGAUGGCUAGAGUAUCAAAAACGACCGAUACAGCUGCUCUCUACAUUGCUUGUCUUCAAAUCGGAGCACUCUAUAUUCCAGUCAAUCCAGGAUAUACUGAAUCUGAAGCUGCUCACUAUAUCAAGGAUGCGACACCUUCGAUUCUAGUCUCGUGCAAUGAAGAAUUGGAUAAAGUUUUCAGAGAUAAGAUCAGGGUUAUCAACGAGGAUAAGUUGGCAUCUGAAGCAGGAAGCUUGAAUGCAUGCACCAUGAUCGAACAUGUCGAAAAAUCGGAUCCCGCAUCAGUUUGCUACACUUCAGGAACCACCGGACUACCAAAAGGAGCAAUCUUAACUCAUGGAUCAUUGUCUAACAACGCACAUGAUAUUGUCCGAGACUGGGGAUUUACUGGAAAUGAUUAUAAUCUACAUGCACUUCCAUUCUAUCAUGUACAUGGACUCUAUUAUUCCCUUCAUUGCUCUUUAUUCUCACAUUCAACAAUGAUUUGGCGGUCGAAAUUUGAAGUUGAAGAUUGUAUAAAAUACAUGAAAAAUGCGACGGUUAUGAUGGGAGUACCAACAUUCUUUUCAAGACUUUUGGCAUCAAAGAAUUUCAAUAAAGAAGCAUUCGGAAAUGUUCGAGUAUUCAUUUCUGGAUCUGCACCUCUAUCAGUAUCUACAAUUGAAGAAUUCAGGGAAAGAACUGGACAAGUGAUUCUUGAAAGAUAUGGUAUGACAGAAGCUGGAGUUAUGACUACUAAUCCAUUGAAUGGAGAGAGAAAAGCUGGAACUGUUGGCCCGGCUGUACAAGGAGUUGGAUGUAGAAUUGCAAAAAAUGGAGGAAUUGAAGUGAAGACAAAUGCGAUUUUCGCUGGAUAUUGGAAGAAUCCAAAGAAGACAGCUGAAGAAUUCACUGAAGAUGGAUGGUUUAAAACUGGAGAUGUUGGACAUCUUGAUGAGGAUGGUUAUUUGACGAUUGGUGGAAGAUCAAAGGAUAUGGUUAUUACUGGAGGAUUAAAUGUAUAUCCAAAAGAACUUGAAGAUUUCAUUGAUACACUUCCAUUUGUUAAAGAAUCUGCAGUUAUUGCAUCUCCACAUCCAGAUUUUGGAGAAGCAGUUGUUGCAAUUGUAGUCCCGUCGGAGAAGGUGACUGAUGAGAAGGAGUUUGAGAAGAAGCUUAUUGGAAUUAUGAAGAAGAAGGUUGCCAAUUAUAAGGUUCCAAAGCGAGUGAUUGUACUGGAUGAUUUGCCACGAAAUCACAUCACUAAGGUCCAGAAAAACGUUCUCCGUGACACCUACAAGAACCUCUUCGCCUAAUUCCAUUCCCAGUCAACAAUACAUCCCCAAAAUAUAGAUAUCAUUUUUCUAUUUUCAAAUUGUAAAUAUUUCAUAAGUAUUGUAGAAUCUUUUGUACAAUUUUUCAACUUUUAACAGUAGAAAAUAACAGUUGUUUAUAGAU